AUGCUGAAGCUUCGGCUCUUGACGUGGGACGUGAAGGACACCCUCCUACGCCUCCGUGUCCCCGUGGGCGAGAGCUACUCUGCUGAGGCCCGGGCCUAUGGCGUCCAGGUGCAGGCCGAAGCCCUCACCCAGUCUUUCCGCCAAGCCUACAGGGCCCAAAGCCUGCGUUUCCCCAACUAUGGCUCAGACAGAGGCCUCAGCUCCAAGCAGUGGUGGAUGGAUGUUGUCAUGGAGACGUUCCGGCUCUCCGGUGCCCACAGCGAGGAGGCCAUCCAGCCCAUUGCGGAGAAACUCUACCGGGAUUACAGCAGCGCUCGCAACUGGGAGUUGCUCUCGGGCGCCAGGCACACUCUGCAGCAGUGCCAGAGGAUGGGGGUCCCCAUGGCCGUCAUCUCCAACUUUGACCGGAGGCUGCAGGAAGUGCUGACCCACUGCGGCCUCCGCCAGCACUUCGAGUUUGUCCUGACCUCGGAAGAAGUGGGCUUUGCCAAGCCGGACAAGCGGAUUUUCCUGGAGGCGCUCCACAUCGCAGGGGUGUCUCCUCAGCUGGCAGCCCACGUGGGGGACGACUACGUGAACGACUACAAGGCAGCGAGGGAGGCAGGGAUGCACAGUUUUCUGUAUACAGCAGGUUGCCAGCCUCCCGAGAAGGAUGCAGAGGUGCCCAGUGCCCACAUCCUACCAUCACUGAUGCAGCUGCCGUCCCUUAUAGAGAAGGGCUAAGAAGAGGAGUUUUGUCAGGGUUCAGCUAAAUCACACAUGGUGUCCCUCUUAGACUGUAGCACUUCAGUUGGCAGGUGGAAGGUGAGAGAGGGAGGAAAUAUUUUAUGUCAUUCUACAUUAAAAAUAGUAAUUAAAUCAAUAAUCUAAUUUAAUUUUU